AUGCACGGCCACGACCACGAAGGUCUCUCAGAGCGGACCAGGCACUUGCACGCCAACCCCGAAGACUCCGAAGAGGCCCAAACAAACAAAUCCAAGAAGAUUGAAAAGAUGAUCACGCCAUAUCUCGCAGAGCACAUUCCACACCAAUAUAACCCGCUGGGUGCCAAUGGUGGCAGACAAGACGAGCGCCCACCCACUGCAAACACAAAGUUUUGCUACCGCCACAGACCAGACCUGCUCUGCCGACGCCAGGCAGACGAGCCCUCCAUGGAACAAUUGCAGGACGAACUCGGCAGAGAAUCUCAAGGUGACCAGCAGAGCAUCGCCAACGUAUGGUCACUCUUUUCUGCUGCCCCUUCUCGACACCGCAACCUCAUGCUCCAAGGCAUUCUCGCUCAAUGCUGCUUCCCACAACUCUCCUUCAUCUCCUCCUCAGUCCGCAACCUUAUCAAGAUUGACUUUCUCGGCGCCCUCCCUACCGAACUGGGCUUCAAGAUUCUGUGCUAUCUUGAUACAACCUCACUAUGCAAAGCAGCCCAAGUCAACCGAAGGUGGAGACAACUGGCAGACGAUGACGUUGUCUGGCAUAGGAUGUGCGAACAGCACAUUGACAGAAAGUGCACAAAGUGCGGUUGGGGACUUCCACUGCUAGACCAACGUCGUUUGCGGCAAGAAAAGAGGCGGAUACAACUUCGGGCUUCAGGCCGAGGACUGAACGAAUGGUCGCCUAAUGUCACGCCUCAGCCUGAUUCCUUUGUCCCUCCCACUUCGCUUUCUCACCAACUUUCCGACGUUCCUGGCUCCCCUACAGCCGUCAAGCGGUCUGUACCAGACGAUUCAUCCUCUCCAGAAGCCUUGAGCAAGCGGCAAUGUCUCGACGCUGCACCAGGUCAAGACCAACUUACAUCCUCUUUCGAUCACCCCAAGAAACGUCCAUGGAAGGACAUCUACAAGGACCGCUACAAAGUUGGCAGCAACUGGAAAUACGGCCGUUACUCAACACGCAUACUAAAAGGACACACCAAUGGCGUCAUGUGCUUACAAUUUGACGACGAAGUUCUCAUCACCGGCUCCUAUGACGCAACUGUCAAGGUGUGGGAUAUCAAGACUGGUCAGGUGAUACGCACACUCACUGGCCACUCUCAAGGCAUUCGGUGUCUGCAGUUUGAAGACAGCAAACUCAUCACUGGAAGUCUGGACAACACCAUCAAGAUCUGGAACUGGCGGACAGGUGCACUAAUCAAGACCCUGAACGCCCACAGCCAGGGCGUCAUCGGCCUCCACAUGGCCGGCAAGCUCCUAGCAUCCGGAUCCUCAGACAACACAAUCGUAGUGCAUGACUUCACGCAAAUGAAACGCACCACCCUUGUCGGCCACACCGACUGGGUCAACUCAGUCAAAAUCGACCUCCCCUCCCGCACCCUCCUCUCCGCCUCGGACGACAUGACGGUCAAACUCUGGGACCUCGACACACACCGCUGCAUCCGCACCUACGAAGGCCACGUCGGCCAAGUCCAACAAGUCCUCCCCUUACCCCUCGCUUUCGAAAUCGACGAAAACGACUUCAUCGCAAACGCAAACAACGACAGUUCGGACACCGCCUCCCUCUCCUCCGACAUGCCUCAUUCCCUUCCCCAGCCCCUCCCUUCAUCCUGUUCCAACACUUCUUCCUCAAGCACACCCAUCGACGACUCCCUCUUCUUCCCAGAUGACCUCUCCCGCCCCGCCCCUCCCUCAUACAUGCUCACCGGCUCCCUCGACGGCACCAUUCGCCUCUGGCACGUUCCUUCUGGACGCUGCGUGCACCGCUUUUUCGGUCAUGUAGAGGGCAUCUGGUCGCUUGCUGCGGAUUCUUUGAGACUGGUGAGUGGGGCCGAGGAUAAGACGAUUAAGAUUUGGGAUCCGCGGACGGGCAAGCAUGAGAGGACGCUUACGGGACAUACGGGGCCAAUUACUUGUGUCGGGCUUAGUGAUGAGUGUGUGGUUAGUGGGAGUGAGGAUGGCACGGUUAGGGUGCAUUGUUUUGUUGGGGAUGCGGGGGUGUGA